CUACAAAUCAAACGGAAAUUUUGUUAGUCGCCCAUUAAUUUGUUUGCUGUUACCUGUUACGAAAAAAGUUGAUUUUCAACCAUUCAAGCGUCUUGAAAUUUGUUAAACUAGUGCCAAAGUGUAGUUUAGAUAGUGGUUGGGCUGUGAUUAGUGAAAUUCCCCCGUUAAAAGGUGUUUUUGAGCGUUAAAGUUAGUUUGAAAAAUCGGGAAACAGGAAUAUUCCUGCAGUGGUUGUUUUCGUUUCUGCUUUGUUUUCAAUUCCGGUACGCCAGGAAGAAAAAGAAGUGCUAAGCAAUUUUGCAUUUUGACGGUUUGUUGGGAGAAUGUUUGUUUUGCUGACGCUUCUGCUGGAAUUUAAUCGAUGAAUAGCACUAAUUAUCUACCCGACGAGUUUUUGCAUGGAAGGCCGAUGGACAAUUACACCGAGAGCAGUGGAGUUGAUUCAUCGCCUGAUAUGAAUUCUAGUGUUGAGCUUCCUUCGCCUGAUCGAUCCGUGGUUCAGCCACGGAAGUUAACGUUUGGUCUUUCUCCAGACCACGAUAACCUACAGCUGCAGGGGCACGGAGACUUCCGUCGAUCUACCAUGCAGGGCAGUCCUCGGAAGCAACCAUCUCUGUCGCCACCGUAUCGCAAAGUCCGUGCCUUGCGGCUUUUCGAUUCACCGGCUACUCCGAAGACAAUCAUUCAAAAAUCGACCUCGAAGUUCAUGAAAUCUCUAGCCGGCGUUCAGCCGAAUUUAUCCAGUUUUCCUCCGACAUCCACCAAAGAUUCAGAUAUUCUAGCCAAACCAAUCGAUGGCCAUGCAGGGGCAGGUGGAUUAGGCUUGUUUUGUGAUAAACCGAGGGCUGUUCCGCUGCACCGGAACUACGAAAAUGUCAUUCCGUCGGCCAAUGUGAAUCCAUUCACGCCACCGGGCAUGUUUAUGCGGACGAAAAAGCGAACCCGCUCCGGUCAAGAUGGACAAACUUUGGAUGGAGCCUUGACGUUGAACUUGAGCUUCCCGAGUAUGUUUCCCAGUAACAAACUCAAUCAUCUGCAGCAGCAACACAAUCCCUCCUCUCGGCAGAGUUUUGCAGGUCCUAUUCAACCGUCAAAACCCUUCGGAAGCGAUCUGCUCAAGGCAUCUAGUCUGCUGGACGAAGAUUACGCCGAAGUACGGCAAGCUCCCAAGAGGUUGGCGUUGCAGGACUCCAACAUUUCGCGAUACGAAAAGGAAUUUAUCGAGCUGUCUCUGCUGGGUGUGGGUGAGUUCGGUCUCGUGUAUCAGUGCCUAAACCGGCUGGAUGGUUGCGUUUAUGCCAUCAAGAAAAGCAUCAAACCGGUGGCUGGAAGUUCCUUCGAGAAGCGAGCCUUGAACGAGGUCUAUGCCCACGCCGUUCUCGGGAAGCACGAUAACGUAGUUCGAUACUACUCGGCCUGGGCCGAAAAUAAUCACAUGCUGAUCCAAAACGAGUUCUGUAACGGCGGCAGCUUGCAAACGCUACUCCAGGAGCGCGUUCUCAAGGAAGCCGAAUUACGAACACUGCUUCUGCACAUCGCAGAAGGUCUCAAAUACAUCCACUCAAAUGAUCUCGUCCAUAUGGAUUUGAAAGCGGGUAAUAUAUUUCUCACCAAAGUGCCAAUUCGACCUUACUCAGGCAGCUGCAGCUCCAAUCAUGGGCCGGAUAAUGCCGAUGAUGGCUUCGAAGACAUCUACGAAGAUUUGGAAAACGAAUAUCUUGUAACGUACAAGAUUGGUGAUCUGGGUCACGUGACUUCGGUCAACGAUCCGCAGGUAGAAGAAGGAGACUGUCGUUAUCUGCCCAACGAAAUCCUCCAGGAAGAUUUCUCCAACCUUCCAAAGGGUGACAUAUUUUCUCUGGGAAUUACCCUCUACGAAGCUGCAGGAGGUGGGCCACUACCUAAAAAUGGACCCAUCUGGCACCAGUUGCGAAGUGGCGUCUUCCCGGAUCUACCCAACGUCAGCCGGGAGUUUAACGAGCUGAUCAAACUGAUGAUGCAUCCUGAACCGGAGAAGCGACCUUCAUCGACAACGAUCUUCAACCAUUCUGUUCUCUCGCCGUUGGAAUCCAAGACCAAGGCACAGCUGUGCCUGGAACUCAGCAUGGAACGGCAGAAGAACGAAGUGCUCCUGAGGAAGCUGAAGGAACAGAGCAAGCUGCUGAAAUCGUUUGAACAAGCACAGACGCCAAUGAUUCGCAAGUGUCGAACUGGCGGCGGCGGCGGCACCAACAACGGAGCUACUCGGGACCUGACCGUUUCCGAUCGGAAACUACGUUCCUAUUCACGCAAGAAGCGCUCUACCAAUCACCUGAUUACGACCAGACGCGGAAUUCGGGACAACAGUAAAUCCAAGGACUACUGACGGAGAUGACCGGCAAGCAGAAAAGCAGCAGGACGCAGCGGAAUGUUUUGGACCAAACGGAAAGCACAAACGGUUACCGGAUACCUAUACACUCUUUUAUACAUAUCAAAUUGUUGCACUGCAGCCAACAUGUCGAAAACAGAGGAAAAAAAAUCGGAUAAAGUAGAUUUCUUGUAUUAAGCAUUCAUUAUUAUAAUUUUUGGUAUUGUAUUCUCUUAAAACGUAUUCAUUCACUAUCGAAAAAAAAACAAUUGUUUAUUGCAUUAGGGUUCUCUAUUAAAAAGUAAAUUUUUUAGUUUCUAAAUUUUGUUUCGAAAUUUUUACAGUUCCGUAUAAUAAAAGUGAGUAAAUUUGUAUGUAAUCUUUCUUAGGCAGUGCGCUAAGCAUAAUAUCGAAAGCUAAAAGUUUGUUUUGAAGUUGAACCAUUGUUAGAAUCGUGAAAAUGUUUUGUGUUGUUAAAAGUGACUGCAGCCGUAUUGAAAAAAAAAAAAAUCUAAGCUUUGACUCGUGCGAAACCUUCCAGACCAGAACGCAGAAGCGUUGCGUGCCGUUCAUAACGAAUGACUCGAAUUAUCUAGCGGGUUUUACGGUUAAAUCCUCGCGAUUAUACUGAAAUUUGUGAUUGAGUGUAUGGAUUCAGUGAAAGGUAAAAUAAUUCAAUUUAGCACGAAGAACCUGUUCUUCGUAGAGAUUGCGAUAGUUUAGGUUUAAAAAAAAUCGAAACAAGUUCCAAAAAGUGAAGAAAAAGCAAAUGAAUUUAACGAGGACAUAAAAUCCAAGUGAAAAAAAACAAGAAAGCUUUGUGAUUGUAUACUGUAAGAGUAACACUAUUAUGAUGUAAGUAAGGAGUCUUUUUCGCUACACUUGAGAAAAAUGACAAACUAUUGAUCUUAAUCUGUCCAGAAAACUAUAAUUCUAUCUUCAUAUUAAAAGAAAGAGUAUCUUAUCUCAUCUAUACGAUAAUAACUGAAAACAAAUAGCUACACAUAGUCUGUAAAUAUAUUUUUUGUAUUCUUCCAUUUUCUUUCAUCCUCGUUCAGUAAACCAAUGCUAGGUCACAUAUUUUCCUCCUACUUUUCCGAAUUAAGACUCAUCAUCACUAAGGCCAUAUAAUAAAUAACGUUUAACAUAGGUUAAAUAAGCGUCAUCCAACUAAUUUGUCAUUAUCUGCUGUUCCUCGUCUAGAAGAGAAGCAACAAUUAAUAGUUAAAAGCGGUGAAAAAUUUUCAAAAAUGUAAAACCAUGGUUUUUGUCUAAUGUUCCGGAUUAUAAUACUAAUAUAAAAUUAAACAUUGUCGAAAAAGAAAGAAAAAUAUGUUCCAAAUAAAGUGAUAUUCCAACUAA